CCACAAACACUGUUCACUAGGUAGUCCGCUUACUAUGUUUUGAGACACUAAUCCUUUUCAAAGCGCCGUGAGCUGCUCGUCGCUGCUCAGUCUGACAGCCACAUCUCAUCGAUCAAGAACUGAUCAAUACUAAAAGUGAUCUAACUAUCGGAAACUCACUGGAGACUUUUUCCAGCAUGGAUCAAUCUGCGGACGGAAAUACAGAGAGCAAACAGAAUGCUGCGAAACCGCUUUAUCAGCGUUAUUUGGUGUCUUUUCCAGCCAUAGUGUGUUUAGUGUUGUCGCUGAGUUCAAUAGCGGUGUGUUUUCUCAUGACUUUCAAAACGCAUCGUCUGGAGAGCAGGCUGCGCGAGCUGGAGAUAAAGAUGAUUGACAUCUGUCAAGAAUCAUCCAAGGACGUCUCUGUUCCACUGGAAACGCGGAAAUCCAUCGAAACACUCUUACAGGAGAGACUGAAUGAAGCGAUACCGAAGUUGCGUGUGGUGAGAGAUGUGACACAGGACUGCAACUGUCCUCCAGGUCCUCCGGGGAAACGUGGUCGGAUGGGCAGAACCGGCGACCCUGGACCCCCUGGCACACCUGGGCGAGACGGUUACCCGGGUCCACUCGGUCUGGAUGGCAAACCUGGUAUGCCUGGACCUAAAGGAAGCCAGGGGUUGCCAGGACCAAAAGGAGAUAAGGGUGAUCAAGGAGACACCGGGCCAAGGAUGGUCUUUCCCCGUUAUGAUCACAGCUAUAUCUCGGCCGACCAGCCCACUUUCCAGAGGCGUAUGCUGAAGGGUGAUCAAGGACAGGCAGGCCCACCUGGACCUCCAGGCCCUCCUGGAGCACCUGGUGCAAGAGGACCCCCAGGAAACACAGGGAAGGAUGGUCCCCGCGGCCCACCUGGAGAACCAGGUGCUCCUGGACAAGAAGGAACGGAGGGACAAAGAGGUUUACCAGGAAAACCGGGUGAAGAUGGUGUUCAGGGUCACCCAGGAACGCAGGGACCCCCAGGGCCAAAGGGUGAGCAGGGAGAGCCAGGUCCUCAGGGUGACCGAGGAACCGAUGGUCUGCCAGGCUUAAAGGGAGAUAAGGGAGAUGUUGGAGAACAAGGGCCCCAGGGUGAACCGGGCCGCCCUGGUGAGAAAGGCAUAUCAGCAUCCGGUGACAUCAUUGACUUCAAUGGCAAACUCUUAGAUGCCUUUCAGGCCAUCAAAACCAUCAGUGUCUCGGGACCACCUGGCCCUCCUGGACCCCCGGGACCGCCUGGAAAGGAAGGUGCAAAGGGGGAACUUGGUUUGCCUGGGCCUGCUGGGCUUGAUGGUGAAAAGGGUGAACGGGGAGACACUGGAGAGCCUGGUGAACCCGGAGAGAGGGGGGAAAAGGGAGAAAUGGGUCUCUCUGGUCCCUCUGGAAUGGAUGGGCAGAAAGGAGAGAAAGGAGACUCUAUACUAGAGGACAAUCUGGUUCAGAUGAUUUCACAACCUGGACCACCAGGGCCUCCAGGUCCACCAGGACCACCUGGGUACAUGGGUCAUCGUGGCUUGCCAGGCUCCAAAGGUGAUCCAGGGGAGAGUAUUAAAGGAGAGAAGGGAGAAACUGGUGCUGCAGGAAUACAAGGCCUACAUGGUCCUCCGGGGCCCCCGGGAGCAACAGGAUUAGUUGGUCUUCCCGGCACAAAGGGUGAAAAGGGAAAACCAGGGGAACCUGGAUUAGAUGGUUUUCCUGGCAUUAAGGGAGACAGGGGUGAUCGUGGAGAUAGAGGAGAGAAGGGAGAUCGCGGUCCUGUUGGAAAGAGAGGGCUAAAGGGAAAGAAAGGCGAACAGGGGCCGCCGGGUCUGGACCAGCCCUGUCCCGUGGGAACUGAUGGAUGUAAAAAAGAGGCAGUGGAAACGGGGCCGCCGGCCCCUGAGGCCCCCUGCCCACUGGGUCCCGAUGGACUUCCAAUACCAGGUUGCUGGCACAAGGAACAGGGAAUGCUUCAAAAACUCAAGAGGAAACGUCUCUCCCAGCCUUGAUGUUCUUCAAGAACCCAAUGAGUUUAAAUGACUUUACUGUCCCUCAAGUGACGCCAUCUCAAUAAUACUGGUUAAUAUUGACGGUCCUCAAUACGCAGGUCAAAAGAUGGUGCAAACAGUCCUCACUAUGGUCAAUAUUUUUCAUGGAGGAACAUAAUUGAGCUCUUGGAGAGAAGAGAGAUCAGGGAUUUGCCUCAUGGAUGCAGCUGCUCCAUAGGACAGCAACAGCAGCCUGACAUAAGAGGCUUUGGCAUGGAGAUGAUACCGAACAGAUCAUUAUUUUGAGCAUAUUAAUGAACAGUCAAGAUUUAUUUCUUAUGUGUUACUGUUUUAUGCUUGGAUUUUUGUAGUUUUUAACCCGCAAGCAAAAACACAAAGCAUCUGGAAUCGAUGCCCAAAGACUUUUGGAUGGUGAGCAUUUACUUAUUAAUGCAUAAUUGACCAUAAAAUAAUAAAAUGAAUACUACAUCUGUUUUAAAUCAGUGCAGCUGAUAAACAGUGAGCAAGAAUAGUGUGUUAUAUUGUACCUGUUUAUUUUGGGUUUUUUUAAUACUACUGCAUCUAAUUUUUGUUGCUCACAUUUGUUGUGAUACUUUAUAUGCGAUACAGUAUAUGUUGACUCUGACUACUUGUCAUUGUUUUUAACAUCACAAUCCUUGAUACAUAUUCCAUAGUGUUGAUCAUAAUAAUUUAUGAUAUAUACUGAUGUGCUUAUUAAAGAUGGCCGAAACUGAAGGUGUUUUCAUGACCUCAGUUCAGCCAUUGCAAGGACUCAAGUUUAAGGCUUUUAGUUUAAGGUUUUUUUUUUUUUUAUAUAAAGUAUUGCUCUAUGAUCUUUCAUAGCAUGAAGGCAAAGAAAACAUUAGAGAUUCCAUUUUAUCAAUCUCAUUUUCUUUCUUUGGUUUUCCAGUAUUUAAAAGACAGAAAAGACAUCCAGAAGAGAUUGUUUUUUUGUUGUUUUUUUACACAUUUUAGCAUGUUCAGCGUACAUUUCCAUGAUGGUUUAUCCUUUUUCAGGGAUUUAAAACCAUACUUCAUAAGCUUUUCUGAAAUAUUUAUUGUUAACAAUCAAUUAACUGGUGGCCAGAUCAUGUAAAAGUUCUUAUGCUUAAAAUAUGUUACAGAUAAUGCUUAUGAAUUUUUAUAAGCCUGUCUUUGGUGUUAAAUGGCAGGCAGAAUGUUUCAAUGUUACUAUGUUGUGAUGUACGAUUGACCAAUAACAUUAUAGCACCAUUUUAGAAACAGAACAGAAUGGGAGGACAUUUUUGGAAACAUUUUAUUGUUAAAUUUUUGUUUUUUUCUUUGACUUUCUUUACAGGUGUUUUCUUCUUCUUCUUCUUCUUCUUCUUCUUCUUUUAACACAAACAAUGUUUGAUUUGGAAGAUACUGAAAGAUUAUUUUGAAGAUGUUUUGCUGCUGAAACAGUAUUUGUAUUUAAUAGUUGAUAUGGGGUAAGGAGAACGGCCUUACUGAUUGCCUGACAGAUUGGUUUGCUUUCAAAUGUUUUAUAAAAUGGAAAUGAAAGUUUGUUACUUGUAAACUAGUCAACUAGUAGUCUUUCAUUUGACCUUGGUCACGAUCAAAAAUUAUGCUGUUUCAAAAAUUCUCCACAAUCCACUGUAAACUUACAUUUAGCGCAGACUGUUUCUCUGAGACUUUUCAUGAUCAAAUCAGUUCCUGAUGAAUGUAAUUCAAUCCUGCUAUUUUUCAUAAUUGCAUGAAUGUUCUGUUUCACUUGGAAGUAUGUCACAUUGAGCAAGAAAUGAGUAAGAGUACAGUUUCCUGUUGACUUUAGAUUCCAAGGUAAUUAAACCGGUCAUGACAAAAGAAA